CCGUAUAUGCUAGAGUAAUAUUAAAAUACAGGGGAGUCAGAGUCUUAUGAGUCCUUGAUGGCUGAACUAGUGAGGAAGAGAUCUUCUGGCCGACAGAGACUCAGACAGGGCUACGUAGGGAAGACAUUUACACUAGAUGGACGCCAGUACAUUGUGGAAGACGUCAUAGCAGAAGGUGGAUAUGCUAUUGUUUUGGAGGUUAAAUGUACAGCUGGUACUAACGAGAGGCUUGCACUAAAGAGAGUGGCUGUGAACAGUGAACAGGACCUUUAUUUAUGUCGCCAAGAGAUAGCAAUACUGAAAGCUUUGUCAGAUUCUCCAAAUUCAGUAACAUAUCUUGCAUCGCAGAUUAAUAAACUCAGUAGGGAAGUUUACGAAGUUUUGAUACUAAUGCAGUUAUACGGAGGACAGACCGGGCUACAGCUAAUAAGGCAGUACCAUGGUCAAGGCAAGCGUUUACCUGAAGCUCUCAUCCUAAAGAUAUUCACUGAUGUCUGUUUAGCUGUAUCUCGGCUUCACCAUCGGACCAAGCCAAUCAUCCAUAGAGACUUAAAAAUAGAAAACAUUUUGCAAGACUUCUCUGGUAACUUUGUCCUCUGUGACUAUGGGAGCUGUACUACAUCAGUAAUGGACCCAAAGGAGGUUGGUGUAGGUGAGUGUCAGGAUCAGUUGCAGAAGUUCACCACACUUGCUUAUCGUGCACCAGAAAUGGUAGACCUCUACAGUGGAUAUACCAUUUCUACUAAAUCAGAUAUAUGGGCGUUAGGUUGUCUGUUGUAUAAAUUUUGUUUCUUUGAUACUCCGUUUGGGGAACAGACCCUGGCCAUCAUGAGAGGAACAUUCUCCUUCCCGGCAGAUGCUUCAAACUACUCUAAUGGACUCCUUGGAUUAAUAAAAUAUACUUUGAAUACUGAUCCUAAUAAAAGACCGGACAUAUUUCAAGUCUCUUGGGUGGCAUACAAAUUGGCUGGCAAGGACUGUCCUAUCGUUAACGUAUUUAACUCUCCUAUUCCGUCCGUCCUUGAUAUGCCGAUGCAGCUCGUAAAACCCAAAGCCACCAAAACUCUCUCUGUCUCUGAAACCACAGACUCCAACAGCACCCCCACACCUUCACCCUCAGUAAUGAAAAGAACGACUUCACAACAACCUACUAUAACUUUAACUUCUAUAUCCUCACGUGAGAGACCUCGCUCCCGGCCUAUCUCAUCCAUUAGUCCUGCUUCUUCAUCUUCCUAUGUGAGCGAACAGAAGAAACCGCCAAACAAUAUGGUUCAAAGCUCGUUCAAAGAUCCGUUACCUCCUCCGCCUACUGAUCUCUUUGGUCAGGCUCCAUUUUAGUCAUUUUUAUUUAUUAAUUUUAUUUAAAGAAUAUUUAAACUUGCCCUCCUUUGAACUUCUUCCUCUAUCUUAUGAACCCGUUGUGGUUUUAUUCCUCUCUCUCUCACUCUGAUGGUGUGGGCUGUUAUUAUUAUAUUAUUUUAAAGUUGUGUUGUGUUUAGCAAUGGUAUUAUUAUCAAAGUUCAA